GGGCAAGAGGGAAAGCACGCUAGUUUGGAAGGCUCUGGAAGUGUCUGAGUCCUCAUGGUGACCACACUGAUUACUGCUAUGGUGAACUCGAAUGUUAUCCAAAGAAAAUUUUCAAAAAAAGCAGAUUCUACUAUCACAUAUAUCCAUGAACACCUUGCAAUAUUUUCACCUUUUCUUUUUGGUGGGUGUUGACAUAUUAUGCCUUGAUACCCUCUUGAACCUUCUUCGAGCACAUAUUCUCCACUGAGUGAGUAUUAGAAUAUUUGAAAAUGUACAAUGUACCAGGAGUAAGAAGUGUGUGGAACUGGAUACUAGAAGAGACAGUGAUUGAGGUUCAUUAUCAAACUUCCAGGAGUUUAGUUCCAGGGCCAAUUGAGGAAGGCAGACAAGAGGUAUGCAGUCUUAAGUUUUAUUAUCAAACUUCCAGGAGUUUAGUUCCAGGGUCAAUUGAGGAAGGCAGACAAGAGGAGCAUUACCAGGAUUGAUUGAAUUCUGAUGCAUAGGGCGAGUCAAUUAGGCUUUUGAACAGAGCCGACUGCGUUUUCUACACCUAUCCACCAUGUUCUUUGGAGGCUAUGGAUUUCCUGCAACAUUAUUUGAACAGAGCUAUCAGUGCUAUCCGUUUUCCUUUAUUGAUAAGGCACAUUUGGAAAUUGGAGAUAAAGUCAUAUUGCCUGAUUCGGCUCUUAAGUGCCUAGCAUUAUUACAAGUAGACUAUCCUAUGUUCUUUGAGAUCUACAAUGCUACAACUGAGCGCAAGUCACACUGUGGAGUGCUUGAAUUUACAGCAGAGGAGGGAAUGCUUUACAUGCCAUAUUGGAUGAUGCAAAACAUGCUGUUACAAGAAGGAGAUACUGUUAGUGUGAAAAUGGCCACACUUCCCAAAGGAACUUAUGUUAAAUUGCAACCUCAUACAAAGGAUUUCCUUGACAUCUCUGAUCCGAAAGCAGUGUUGGAAAAAGUAUUAAGGAAUUUCUCAUGCUUGACUGUUGGUGACAGCAUUAUGGUGUCUCACAAUGAAAAGUAUUAUUACAUAGAUGUUAUUGAGGCCAAGCCUUCUUCUGCCAUAUCAAUCAUUGAGACAGAUUGUGAAGUUGAUUUUGCACCCCCUCUUGACUGGAAACAACCCACAAAGGGAUCAACUACUUCUUCUGCUGACUUAAGCACAACAAUUAUUUCUCAAGAAGCCAAAGAUGAAGCAGGGCCCAAAUUCAUUCCUUUCACUGGAGUUGGAAGGCGAGUGGAUGGGAAGACUGUUCAGAAUUCUGCAGGACCUGUAAGUGCCUCUAGAUCUACAAAAUCCACAUUCCAAACUACAAGUGGAAACUCGUCAGGCCUAAGAUCCAUGUCUUCUGCUGCUGCAAAGCGGACAUCAGACUCAAAUGAUGCUCAAGAAAAGGCUUCUGCAAUGAACCUCGGCAGAGAUGAGGUACCGAAGGAACCAUCAAAGUUCCAGCCUUUUACUGGCAAGAGAUAUGUAUUGAAGGGUUGACAAGAAGAUGCAUCGAACAAUUUUAUAGGCAAUCUAUGCAUGAAUCUUGAAUGUCCUAAAGAUGUUGGCAUGCUAUUUUGUAAAUGCCUAUGAUUCAUAUGAAUAUUUCUGGACUUAAAAUUCUGUAAAAAAGAGGGAAAAAAAUGGAUUCAUCUCUAUUUUUGCACAAAGACUAAUAACAUGAGACAUAGAUGCAGGAUUGGUGAUGUGUUUAUCAUAUAAAAGUCGAGACUAAUGGGAAUAGAGUUGAUAAAAGUGUUACAAAAGCAGGUUCA